ACACAGCUUCGGCGGAUUGGCCGUUACCGCUCCUAUCCGGCUUUCAGUUCAGCCGUGGAACUGCGGCCUUCGCAGUUCAGUCAAUUUUCGGCGUCACUUCUCCGGUUCCGUUUGUCCGUUGAGCAUCGUACGCGUGCCCUGCCGGCUUGCGCACCAGCACAGCACAGUACACACGCAAAGGAGAAGAAGACGCUCCUCCGUGAAUACACAACAAUCCCAGAGACAUACAUACGCUAUUACGCUGCGGUUCGCCUGGAAGUGAGUGUUGAGACAUAAAGUUCCUGAACAUGUCGACCAAAGCGAGCAAGAAGGCGGCCUCCUCGACGAGUGCCCAGAGCAGCUCUCAACAACCCUCGACCUCGACGCCCAUCGGCGGCAAUACCAGCAGAGGCCGGCCGGGCAGUCCGCUCAGCCCCACGCGCUAUUCACGCCUGCAAGAGAAGCAGGAUCUGCAAAAUUUGAACGAUCGACUGGCAUGUUACAUCGACAAGGUCAGGCACCUGGAGUCGGAGAACUCCAGGUUGACCCGAGAGGUCCAGACGUCGCAGGAGACGGUGACGAGGGAGAUCUCAAACAUCAAGUCCAUGUACGAGCACGAGCUUUCCGACGCCAGGAAAUUGCUGGACGAGACUGCUCGGGAAAGGGCGAAGCUCGAGAUUGAUACUAAGAGACUCUGGGAUGACAACGAGGAUCUGAAGAACAAAUUGGAGAAAAAGACUAAGGACCUGCAAGUGGCCGAGCGCAAUCUUCAAAUCUACGAGAAUCGUUGCGGCGACCUGCAGUCCCAGUUCAACCAGUCACAAGCUGAGAGGAAGAAGCUAGCUGAACGCGAGCGUGAAUUGGAGAAGGAGGUUGAGCGCCUGAAGGCAAUGCUCGACGAUACACGCAAGCACCUGGAAGAGGAGACGCUUCAACGCAUCGAUCUCGAGAACCACAUACAGAGCUUGAAGGAGGACAUCAGCUUCAAGGACCAGGUGUUCCAGCAAGAGCUAACGGAGACCCGCACUAGACGCCAGGUGGAAAUUUCCGAGAUCGAUGGCCGGCUCGCCGAGCAGUACGAGGCCAAGCUUCAACAGUCUCUCCAAGAGCUGAGAGACCAGUACGAGGCUCAGAUGAGAGUCAACAGAGAGGAGAUCGAAAUGCUGUAUGAGAACAAAAUCAAGAAUCUCACCUCGCACGCACAACGCAACAGCGGAGCAGCAACGAUCGCUGUUGAGGAACUACGACAGAUCCGAACGAGGAACGAGAGCCUCAAUCAGAGAAUCAGCGAGCUGGAGGCGGCCAACAACGCGUUGAGCUCCAGAAUCAGGGACCUAGAAAAUCUGCGUGAGAACGAGAGAUCUCGCCACACUGAGAAUUUGGCUGCCUUAGAAGCGGAAUUGGCCAGAAUGAGAGACGAAAUGGCCCAACAGUUGCAGGAGUACCAAGAUCUGAUGGACAUCAGGGUCGCAUUGGAUCUUGAAAUCGCUGCUUACCGCAAGCUUUUGGAAUCUGAAGAAGCGAGAUUAAAUAUUACGCCUAUUCAGUCUCCAAGCGUAUCGGUAUCGGGAAGCCGAGCUACUCCCUCCCGACAAACACCAAUUCGAGGUGGCAAAAGGAAGCGCACCCUCUUGGAAGAGUCAGAAGAACGUAGCACGAGCGACUACAGUGUGUCAGUUUCGGCCAGAGGAGACGUCGAAAUAACGGAAGCCGAGCCACAAGGCCGUUACGUGAAGCUCACCAACAAAGGAAGCAAGGAAAUCGCUUUGAGUGGUUGGACAGUAGUCCGCAAGGCGGGUACUCUGGAAACGGUAUUCAAGUUCCACAGGACCGCGAAGCUUGAGCCUGGCGCGACAGUCAGCGUAUGGUCUGCUGAUAUCGGGGCCACACAUGAGCCGCCCGCAAACAUUGUUAUGAAGGGCCAGAAGUGGUUCACAGGUGAUAAUAUGACCACCACUUUAAUCAACAAUGAAGGCGAGGAAAUGGCAACGUCCGAGAGAAAAAGACAGCAGUUAUCUACGUCAGUCUCGCGUCACAGAGAAAAUUUUCUGAGGUCACCUGAAGAGUUUCACCAUCAGCAGAGAAGAACUUAUUGGUUCAAUCCAUUUUAAGUGCGACGGCACACAGCUCUGAUGGAAAAGUGAACGGAGACCCUAGGGGUGAAGAACGUUGUCGCCUUAUGUGAAAUGGAUAAAGAACACUUAUAUUUAAGAAAAGAUUACUAUUUACAAAAAUUUCCUAAAUAAGCUUAAAGGUAAAGGCAUUUUAUGCUGCGUGAAUAUGUUUAAAAGUACGACACGAGACGUUAAUGAUUAAAAGUUAUUUAAAAAGGGAGAAGAUGUAAAAGCGACUAUGGCGCAAUAACAUUAAAAAUGGUUUUUCAUAUUUUUCACAAGUGAAUUCUUGAUUUAUACAAAUCUGAAGUUCGGUCGAGUCGCCGAUACCUUACUCUAUUCGAUGCAGCGCCCAAUUUCAAGGAUAGAGAGCUUUCGGAAAUUUUGUUCGUUCUGUUUUUGUCUCAACAAUACAAUGUAACGCAGCUCGCAAUUAAGGGUAUUAUAUUUUUAAGUAUGUACCUUGGAUCUGUGUCCUAUCGCGGCAACAAUUAACAAUUGUAAGUUUAAAAUAUUUACCAUCGAUGCUUGAUAAUAAUAAGUUAAAACUCUACUGCCUUAAAUCUGUUUCUUUUUUAUUUUUAAUUUAAAUAACGCUUGUUUACUGAUUAGUCUCAAAAAUCUAAAAUAAGUUAUAUUUUGACGAUUGGCAGAAUCGUGUAUAAAAAAUGAAAGGAAAGGAAAGAAGUUUAAAAGUACAACUGAAGGCGUGAAAAAUGUGCAUUUACUUUACUACUCGCCUUAUAAUGUAUAGAAAAAGCUAACAAAUGCAUGAGUGACGAGAUAUUUUUACUGGGCCUGACUUUAUAUUUCUAACAAGGAUAAAUAUUACAGAAAGUACAAUAUUCUAAUAAUAAUAAUAAUAAUAAUAAUGAUGAUGAUGAUGAAAAAGAUAACAACUGGAAUUCCGAUCAUUAGUUAUUAGUUGACAAAUGAGAUCUGGUUUAAUCCGUUAAUGUGUGCGUUAGCGAAGAAGAACCACGGCAGUUUAUUAAGUUAGUCGUUAUAAAAAAUAUUUUUAUCUUCCUUGUGUCAUCCGGAUUUGCUAAACCUAUUUGUAUCUGUAUAAUUAGUAGUGAUAAUAUGACUGUCUUUUUCUUUGUUUGACAGCAGUAAAUCGCAUCUGCAGUUACAGCCCUAGAGAUUUUUAUAAUAAAUCAUAAUUAUAUGCCUUUAUAUUUUCGGACGAACAUAUGUAAAGUGCACUGCAAUUUUGUAUACAGCAAGUUGUGUGUAAUAAAAAUUAUAUGACUUUGACAAAAUACUUGAAAA